AUGGGAUUUGCACUAUUUAACCCCUUCAAGAAGGACCAUCAUGAUUUCCCCAGUGUUGUCAUUCCGCUUGCCGAGGAACCUGCUCACAACCACGACCUUUCCGAGAAGACAGGAACGGAGGACAACAAUAGCUUGGAUCGCGCGCCUUCCUCGGAGAAUGGCGCGGCCGGCAUACACAAGCACUCCACUCAGCUGACUCUGAAAGCCCUUCGUGCAGAAAUCGAGGCUGAUAUCGCCACGGCUACUGAUGACUCGGCCUAUGAUCGCAAGGCAAAGGUGAUCAACAGGGCACUGCACGAUAUUGGAAUGGGCAAGUACCAGUGGCAACUGUUCUUCCUUUGUGGAUUUGGAUGGACCGCAGACAACCUCUGGCUUCAGGGUGUUGCUCUAACUUUGACCCCCAUCUCUUACGAGUUCGGACUCUCCGAUACGUGGGUGCGUUUCACCACUUGCUCGUUGUUUGUUGGUCUCUGCGUCGGUGCCUCUUUCUGGGGUGUUGCUUCUGAUAUCGUUGGUCGUCGUCUCGCAUUUAACAUGACUCUGUUUUUGGCUGGUGUCUUUGGCCUGGCCGCUGGUGGUGGCCCCACCUGGAUUGGAACAUGUGCUCUGUAUGCUUGCUUGGGUCUUGGUGUGGGUGGUAACCUGCCUGUUGAUGGUGCGCUCUUCCUGGAGUUCCUCCCUGUUGUCUCCGGAAACCUCUUGACCAUGUUGAGUAUCUGGUGGCCCUUUGGCCAGCUGAUCGGAAGUCUGCUCGCCUGGGCCUACAUCCCGAACUUCAGCUGCGACGGGUAUGAAGGCUGCACCAAGGAGAAGAACAUGGGCUGGCGCUACCUGGUGCUCACUCUGGGCGCCAUCACAUUCGUCAUGUUCAUUCUGCGUUUCUUCUUCUUCCACCUGUACGAGUCGCCCAAGUACCUGCUCUCCCGCGGUCGCCAGGAAGAAGCCGUCGCCUCCGUCCACGGCAUCGCCCACAAGAACGGCACCAAGACCUGGCUGACAAGCGAGAUCCUCAACGAAAUCGGCGGCUACGCCGAGGCAGCCAAUGAGAAGACCGGCCUCACAUACACCCAAAUCGUGGGCCGCUUCUUCUCUAAAUUCUCGCUCGAACGCAUCGCGCCCCUGUUCGCAAACAAGCGCAUGGGCCUGAACACCGCUCUCCUCUGGUUCUGCUGGGCCACAAUCGGCAUGGGCUACCCUCUCUUCAACGCUUUCCUCCCCCAAUAUCUCUCCCAGUCCGGCGGCGUGACAAACUCCAACUACAUCACCUACCGCAACUACGCCAUCACCUCCAUCGUCGGUCUCCCCGGCUCCAUCCUGGCCUGCUACACAGUCGAGAUCAAGUACAUCGGCCGCAAGGGCACAAUGGCAAUCUCCACUGUCAUCACGGGUGUGUUGCUCUUCUGCUUCACCGCCUCCACCAACUCAGACAUCCAGCUCCUGUGUAGUUGUCUCGAGGCCUUCUUCCAGAACAUCAUGUACGGUGUCCUGUACGCCUACACGCCUGAGACCUUCCCUGCACCAAACCGCGGCACUGGUACCGGUAUCUCCAGCUGCUUGAAUCGCAUUACGGGUCUGUGUGCGCCUCUCGUUGCUAUUUAUGCUGGCAGUGCGAACCCCAAUUCGCCCAUUUAUGCCUCUGGCGCCUUGAUCCUCGCUUCGUUUGUCGCAAUGUGUCUUCUGCCCAUUGAGACUCGCGGCAGACAAACUCUGUGA